UCCUCCAACUAUAGUGUGUUCUGGUCUUGGAGCCAGAGGAAAAGUGGAGGGGAGCGGAAUCUAGGGGCAGAUUGAUUUUCUCGGGGGCAGUAACUGGCCAGAGGGGCUUUAAGGGACUUCAAAGGCAGGAUUGGAAAAACUUGCCUGGAAAUCGGAAUGUUUUACUCCUAAUGUUGAUUUGCCGUUUGCCUCUUCCACAUAUAAACCCCGUUUAGUAAGUUUGUAACACUUUAAUGUGCAAUGGCUGAGCCGCUGAGUUUCAUGCAUCAUGAUCAGGGCUCCAGCAGCGAGCGGAGUGACGACUCACCGUCUGCCGUGUCUGAGGAUGACUCUAGCGGCCACUGCGGCCACAUCUCCCCGCCUGACCCAGGCUGGACCGAGGAAAGGUUUCGAGUUGACCGCAAGAAACUAGAAACUAUGUUACUGGCGGCCAGUGAGGGGAGGAUAAAUGGAGGAGAGGAUUAUUUUCAGAAGGUCAUGGAUGAAACCAACACUCAGAUUGCCUGGCCUUCCAAACUGAAGAUUGGAGCAAAGUCCAAGAAAGAUCCACAUAUUAAGGUCAGCGGAAAAAGGGAAGAUGUGCGAGAGGCAAAAGAGAAAAUAAUGUCCGUUCUUGACACAAAGAGUAAUCGUGUGACCAUGAAGAUGGAUGUAUCGCACACCGAGCACUCGCAUGUUAUUGGGAAAGGAGGGAAUAACAUCAAACGAGUGAUGGAAGAGACUGGUUGUCACAUACACUUCCCUGACUCCAACAGACACAGCCAGGGGGAGAAGAGCAACCAGGUGUCAAUAGCGGGGCAGCUGACUGGUGUAGAAGCAGCGAGAGUUAAAAUACGGGAGCUGUUGCCGUUGAUGCUGAUGUUUGAAUGCAGUGGUUUGGUGCAGCAUGUGGACUGUAGCUCUCCUGUAGUUCAGCAUAUUUCCCACACUUACAGCAUCUCCAUCUCCUUCAAACCUCCCUCUCGUCUCUAUGGCAACACCACCAUCGUUCGUGGCAACCAGAACAAUGCCAGUGGCGUUAAGCUGACAUCUUAUCUUUUUCUACCCACCAUUAGAGUAGGGUCUUUGGCCAGCUCAGUGCUGGUCAGCACACAACUGGACAUCGCACCCCAGCACCACAACUUCCUUCUGGGCCGCAACGGAGCCAACGUCAAGAAUAUCUCCCAGCACACUGGAGCCCACAUACACUUCCCCGAGCUCAACACUCACAACACACACACUAGCCGCUCUGUCGUCUACAUACAGGGCAGCAUUGACGCUGUAUGUGUGGCUAGACAGCAGCUAAUGGGCUGUCUGCCGUUGGUGUUGCUGUUUGACAUUAAGGAGGAGAUGGAGGUGGCAUCUCAGGUCGUCACUACCCUUAUGGAGCAGCUGGACGUCUUCAUCAGUAUUAAACCGAAACCGAAACAACCCAGCAAGUCUGUGAUAGUAAAGAGCGUGGAAAGGAAUGCUGGGAGUAUGUAUGAGGUACGCAGGAUCCUGUUGGGGCUGGAGUCCAGCUGUGUGCCUCCUCCUAUCAACCAUGUGGCUGUUAACGGACAUGCUCCUGCCUCCCCUCCCCUGCCUGGCUCCAUUGGACUGGACACCCUAGCUUCAGCCGGACUGAGGCUAAGCACUCUGGAUGGUCUUCUAAGGUCAUCUGUCAGCUCCAUUCCUAAUGGCUCCCCGAACCCAAACUGUGUUUUUAAUGGGCACGGCUCUGUGUUAAAGAUUCAGAACGGAGCAGUGAACAACUCACAGCACAUUCAUACACCCUCACAUACACAUUCACAUGCUCCUGGUCACACAGCUUCACUUUGGGCCAGUGCACUCAGUUCAUCAGCUAACACAGCAGGGUUUUCCACAGACCUCAUGUUGCAGUCAGUGUCUCAGUCGACUCUCAGUGGUCUUCUGCUCUCUGGGGUCCAGAGUCAAGCACACGCUCACACACCGUCCCCUCCACCUGGACUCGUACCAAUACACAAACCAGCCAAUGCAGAACAUCUCAAUGGACAUCUCGCCAGUUCUGUGUACAGUCGAAUCUCCUCUGUAUCACUGAACUCUGCCCACUGUGACACAACCCAGGAAGUCAUUGGACACACCCAAUUAGAAUCCAUUUCCAAUAAAUCUACAGAUGAAGGCUCAGAUACGUUUGUUGAAGUGGGCAUGCCCAGAAGCCCAUCUCACUCAGCUAAUGGGAUUGAGCUGAAGCAGAUGCUGGCCUCGUCAGGGAAACGACAAACAGUGGAACUUCUGCAGAGAACCAAGAACUCACUUCUUCAUGUUGAGUGUGUGUUGGCCAAUUCUGAUUGUGAGAAUCUAGUGACUGACAAAAGAGCUCCAGGAAGUGAGAGAGCUGCAGAAAGACGACUUGCACCACAUAUGCAGGCUUCUGACUAUGAGAAAAAGAAGCUACUGGCCACUAAAGCCAUGCUGAAGAAACCGGUUGUGACAGAGAUUCGGACCCCCACAAAUACCUGGAGCGGAUUGGGCUUCUCUAAAUCAAUGCCCAACUAA